GGGAGCGGGAGGCGGCGGCGAGUAUGGGCGGCGGCGGCGGCGGAGGGAGGUGAAGCCGCCAAGAUGUGGCUGAAGCCCGAGGAGGUGCUGCUGAAAAAUGCCCUCAAGCUGUGGGUACUGGAGCGCUCCAACCAGUACUUCGUGCUGCAGAGGCGGCGGGGCUACGGCGAGGAGGGCGGAGGCGGGCUGGCAGGUCUUCUUGUGGGAACCCUAGAUGCAGUAUUGGAUUCUACGUCAAAAGUGGCCCCAUUUCGCAUCCUGCAUCAGACACCAGACUCACAGGUCUACUGGUCCAUUGCAUGUGGAGCCAGCAGAGAAGAGAUAACGGAACACUGGGACUGGUUAGAACACAAUGUUAUGAACAUUUUAUCAGUAUUUGAUUCAAAUGAAGAUAUUACAAGCUUUGUCCAGGGAAAGAUAAGAGGUUUGAUUGCUGAAGAAGGAAAAGGUUCUUUUACAAAAGAAGAAGAUCCUGAGAAAUUUCGUGAAGGUCUUAUGAAGUUUGAAAGGUGUUUUGGAUUACCAGAGCAGGAGAAGUUGGUUACUUAUUAUUCAUGCAGCUACUGGAAGGGCCGGGUGCCUUGUCAAGGAUGGCUUUAUCUUAGUACCAACUUCCUGAGCUUUUACUCAUUUUUGCUGGGUGCAGAAAUAAAGCUUAUUAUCUCCUGGGAUGCAAUAUCAAAACUAGAGAAGACUUCCAAUGUUAUUCUGACAGAGAGCAUUCAUGUCUGCUCCCAUGGAGAAGAUCACUACUUUUCCAUGUUUUUGCACAUUAAUGAAACCUUCCUUCUCAUGGAGCAGCUGGCAAACUAUGCUGUUAGGAGACUUUUUGAUAAGGAGACAUUUGAAAAUGACCUAGUCCUUCAUGAUCCCCUGCAGAUCACCAAGAGAGGCCUGGAGAGUCGAGCCCACAGUCAGCAGUUCAGUGCAUUCUUCAGGCUACCCAAAGAAGAGACUUUGAAGGAAGUUCACGAGUGCUUCUUAUGGGUUCCUUUCACUCAUUACAAUGCCCAUGGGAAAAUGUGCAUUUCAGAAAACUACAUCUGCUUUGCUAGCCAGGAUGGCAGCCUGUGUAGUGUAAUCAUUCCAUUGAGAGAGGUGAUAGGUGUGGAUAAGGCUGACCCAGCCAACAGAGGAGUCAACAUUAGUACCAAAGGAAAAAGAGCGUUUCGUUUCACUGAAGUUAGAGAUUUUGAACAGCUUGUCACAAAGCUCAGAAUCAAAUGCAAUGCAACUUCAACUUCAAGUCCACAGCACAUAAAUACAGAGGUUGCAAGUAGUUCUGCUUCUGACAGUCCAAAGGAUUUUGAUGAGGUACCAUCAAAGAUAGAUCUGAGGGAUAACAGCAAAACUGUCAGUACAGAAGCCCUAAUGACUGUCUACCAUCCUCAGGAUGCUGAGAAUCUAGACCCUAAAAUGUUGAAAGAAAAAAUGAAAGAACAGUCCUGGAAUAUCCUUUUUUUUGAACGAGGUCAUGGUGUCAGUAUGUUUCGAACAAAGAAGACUCGAGAUUUAGUUGUAAGAGGGAUCCCAGAAGCCUUAAGAGGAGAGCUCUGGCUACUCUUCUCAGGUGCUGUCAAUGAUAUGGCCUCCAGCCCUGGUUAUUACACUGAGUUGGUGGAAAAGUCCUUGGGAACAUGCACUUUAGCUACUGAUGAAAUUGAACGUGAUUUACGUCGCUCCUUACCUGAGCAUCCUGCUUUUCAAAGUGACACAGGAAUUUCUGCACUCCGGAGAGUUCUUACAGCUUAUGCAUACAGGAAUCCUCAAAUUGGAUAUUGUCAGGCAAUGAACAUAUUGACAUCAGUACUUCUGCUGUAUGCUAAGGAGGAGGAAGCAUUCUGGCUGCUGGUUGCUGUGUGUGAAAGGAUGCUACCUGAUUAUUUCAAUCGUCGAAUCAUUGGUGCCUUGGUAGAUCAGGCAGUAUUUGAGGAGCUCAUCAGAGUUCAUCUGCCUCAGUUGACAGACCACAUGAUGGGCAUGACUUUUUUCUCCUCGGUCUCUCUCUCCUGGUUCCUUACCCUUUUUAUCAGUGUGCUGCCUAUUGAAAGUGCAGUCAAUGUGGUGGACUGUUUCUUCUAUGAUGGAAUAAAGGCAAUCUUGCAGCUGGGACUUGCAGUGCUGGAAUACAACAUGGAUAAGUUGCUGGCUUGUAAGGAUGAUGCAGAAGCUGUGACUGUUCUCAACAGGUUUUUUGACAGCGUCACCAACAAAGACAGUCCUUUGCCUCCAGCUGUGCAGCAGGGCUCCAACCUCAGUGAUGCAAAGGGUGACCACCCAAAAGUGGACAUUACUGAUUUGAUCCGAGAGUCAAAUGAAAGAUACGGUGAUAUUCGGUAUGAAGAUGUUGAGAGUAUGCGCUGCAGAAACAGGCUUUAUGUGAUCCAGACAUUAGAAACUACAACCAAGCAGAAUGUGCUACGUGUUGUGUCUCAGGAUGUAAAAUUCAGUCCUAAUGUUCUUGAUGAGCUUUAUGAAUUAUUCAAGAAGGAACACUUUCUUUCCUGCUAUUGGAAUGUAAAUAGUCCUGUUUUACAACACCAUGAUGCCAGCCUGCCAUAUCUUGAGCAGUAUCGAAUUGAUUGCCAGCAAUUCAGAGUUCUUUGUCAUCUCCUGAGCCCAUGGUCGCACUGUGCAAACAGAGACUCUAUUGCAUUGUGGACAUUCAGACUGUUGGAUGAGAACUGCCAUGGCCUUAUCAACUUCAAACAAUUUUCCUGUGUUCUUGAUACCAUGUAUAAUGGAAGUUUCACUGACAAACUCAAGCUUCUUUUUAAGUUGCACAUCCCUCCAGCUUUUACUGAAGUGGAAUCUCUAAGCCCUUCCAAAGGCGUUGCUCUUUCAAAAGAAGAACUGAUCCACUUCAGUCAACUCAGUGUUUCAUCUGCUGGGGAUAGUCUUGAAAGUGAUGCUUUGAAGAGCAGCCCAGAAAAAGGGAAGGGCAAGGUUGAUAUUCAGGCCUAUCUGAAGCAAUGGCAAGAUGAACUUCUUAAAAAAGAAGAAAACAUUAAGGAUUUGCCAAGAAUGAAUCAGUCUCAGUUCAUCCAGUUCUCAAAAACUCUGUACAAUCUAUUCCACGGAGAUCCUGAGGAGGAACUGUUGUACCGGGCUAUAGCAGUGGUUACCAGUCUCCUGCUGAAAAUGGAAGAAGUUGGGAGAAGGCUUCAGAGUCCCACAUCACCAGUCAGAAGUCCAGCUGCCACAACAGAGGUGUCUGCUGAAAGCCCCCAGAAAGGACAGGAGGAAGGCAGCUCUGAGCAGACUGAAGGCAGUGGAGCGCAGAGUCUAAGAAAGAACCACGAAUGGUCUUUUGCCUUUGAACAGAUUCUGGCAUCCUUACUGAACGAGCCAGCCUUUGUGAGAUUUUUUGAGAAACCUCAUGAGAUAAAAACUAGAAUAGAGAGUGCUAAAAAUUUACAACUUAAAGCAAGAACUAGAGUGUAAUUUACUUUCUUUGACUCUGAAUUAACUACAUAGAGCACUAGCAGAUUAAGGUUGUUACUGCGGAAAUUGAGUACGUUGUUUACAUAGGGAGAAGGGUUUGAAGAUUUAGCUUUAAAUGUCAGAUUACUGGUAUGCUUUCAUGUAAAUAAAAAUAGUUUGAAGCACAA